CCACCAUCUGCGGCGCUGGUGGUUCCCGACAGCCACUCCUGCAACCUGUUCCUCUGCAAUCUUGCUGUACCAGAUGCCCAGCCCCAUUAGCCACUCCUGGGCUACUCACAGCCAUCUUCUGUUCCUCACCGCUGCGAUGCGAGUGACAGCUGUGGCACUGCUGUUGUUAUGAAUAAUGAAAUGCCCUGCCCUGUUUCACCACUUGGAUGCCAGAGUAAAUGGCGCAGCUGAAGCAGUGAGGAGGUUGCAUGGGUGCUGGCUGGAGGUGGACCUUGCUGGGGUUGAUCCUCACCCCUCCAGGGGCUUCACGAGGCUCUCCCUUCCUUUGCAGACACGUGCGCAACGGGGCAGUGAUUGCCCGCUGCAGCCAGCCCGAGAUCAGCUGGUGGGGCUGGCGAAACGCCGACGACGAGUAUCUCGUGACAUCGAUUGCCAAAGCCUGUGCCUUGAACCCUGGAGUAAAGGUACCCGGAGGCAUCCCGCACAACGGGAGCAGCGACGGCAGCGAGGCCUGUGACACGGACUUCGACUCAUCCCUGACGGCAUGUUCAGGUGUGGAGAAUGCAGGAACUCCUCAGAAGCUGCUGAUCCUUGAUGCCAGGUCCUACACUGCGGCUGUGGCCAACAGAGCGAAGGGCGGUGGCUGCGAAUGUGAAGAGUAUUACCCGAACUGCGAAGUCGUGUUCAUGGGCAUGGCCAACAUCCACUCCAUCCGCAACAGCUUCCAGUACCUGCGCGCUGUCUGCAGCCAAGUGCCAGACCCCAGCAACUGGCUUUCUGCCCUGGAGAGCACCAAGUGGCUGCAACACCUGUCUGUCAUGCUGAAGGCAGCGGUGCUGGUCUCCAGCGCGGUUGACAGAGAAGGGCGCCCGGUGCUGGUGCAUUGCUCGGACGGCUGGGACAGGACUCCUCAGAUUGUAGCACUGGCAAAGAUCCUUCUGGACCCCUACUACCGGACCAUGGAGGGCUUCCAGGUGCUUGUUGAAUCAGAUUGGCUGGAUUUUGGUCACAAGUUUGGUGAUCGCUGUGGUCACCAGGAGAAGGUGGAAGAUCAGAACGAACAGUGCCCAGUUUUUCUCCAGUGGCUGGAUGCUGUUCAUCAGCUUCUGAAGCAAUUUCCUUGCCUCUUUGAAUUUAACGAAGCUUUUUUGGUAAGAAAUACGUGUGCAAACAUCUCUCUAUCCCUUGCCAGAUGUGAGCCGAGGCAGAAGGGAAGGCUAUGAUAUUUUACAGUGGUGUAGUUGAAAGAAAACAAAAAUUGAAUUCUUUAAAAAUGUCUGGGUAGUGCCUGGGCUCUCUGCGGGCAUUCCUGACAUUCCUUCUCGCUGUGGGUCCAGCCCUGCCCUUUGGCUGCAGUAUUUUGCCCUGGUUCUGUGUGUGCGAUGCUUUUGCUGCCCGCGAUUCCCUGCUCCUCCCAGCGGGUCCCGCAGCCCCAGGUACCGA